ACUUCAUUUGUUUACUUGUCUGUGAUUGUUAAAUAGGUAAAAAUGUGGGCAUCGGGUAAAAACACAAAACAUUGAGUUGGUAAAAAAUUAAUUCUCUGCUAUAAAACCAAAACUGUUCAUAACUCCAAACAUUGCUUAUAAAUUAAUAAUUUAUUUUAAAAGUCUCUGGCAAUGAAAGAAAAGCGACAUAAGAAAAAACACAAGAAGAGGGUCAAAGAUAAGUCAAGUAAUGACGCGAAGAAGAAAAGCAGGCGAGAAAGCUCUUCAGAGUCAUCAGAAUCUUCUGACUCAGAUAAAUGGGUUGAAAAAAAACCACUGAAGACUUCUGACCGUGAUGAAUGGAUGUCCAUGACAGGAAUGUUAAAAACAUUUACUAAAGAUGAUAUUAAAUCAAAAGAAGUGAAAGAUAAGAAGCACAUUGAUUCGUAUAACCCAGCUGCAAGUAGUAGAGAACUAAAUCCAUAUUGGAAGGAUGGUGGGUCUGGUGUACCACAAACCUCAGAAAGUUUCCGUAAAUCGAGACAAUUUAUCAAACCUUCAGAUAAUAAUGAUUAUUAUUCAAGAUCAAGUUCUUCUAGUAGAGACAUAAAUAAAACAAAUGCAACAAAAAUUGAUUCAUAUUAUGAAAGAAAAUCAUCCAAUUGGCGUAAAAGUUCAAAAGAAACAAGACAAGAACCUGUGGAGGAGCAGAUUAAAAUCUCCAGUAAUCCAACCCUCAGUGGCAAUGCAGACAAUAUAAUAAAAUCAUUUAAAGGUCAUGGUAAUGAAAAAAACAGUUUAUACCUUUCUGAUGAAAAAAUGAAUAAAUUGGCUGCAAAGAUAGUGAAAGCUGAAAUCAUGGGGAAUUUGAAAUUAGUUGAAGAGUUGAAAACCAAAUUGGAAGCAGCAAGGGAAUAUAGAAAGAACAAUCCUGAUGCUGGUAAUAAGCUUGAGGAAGAUGAUAGAGUUAUGUUAAUGUCAACAACUACUACUGGUAAUAGUAGGCCUCUGACAAGCAUGCCUGGAGACCCCAGAAGCAAGGGUGGGAAACGCAAGGCAGAAACUCAUGAUGCCUCUGGAAGGGUUAAGUACUUUGGUAAUGAUGAUAGAUACAACUUAGCACAAAUGUUCCAAGAAGAGAAAUAUGGUACAAACUAUGAUGAGGAUGCAGAGUUGGCUCAUGUUGCAAGCAAGAGUAAAAAUCCUAAUGAUGAUUUAGAAGAUAUAUUUUUGGACAAUAUAUCUAAAAAUAAAAAUCCAUCUAAGGAGAGCGAAAAAGAAAAGCAGCGUGCAAUUAACCAGAAUGUAAAAUUGGAGAGGUCAUUGGAAGGGUGUGAACACUGCUUUGACUCUAGAAAUAUGCUGAAACAUCUUAUAGUAAGCUGUGGUAGUAAAAUAUACAUGGCAUUACCUGCCAAAAGGUCACUUAUGAGAGGUCACUGUAUUUUGACCACUAUACUACAUUCUACAUGUGUGACAAAUCUGGAUGAAGAUGUUUGGGAAGAAAUAAUGAAUUACAGAAAAUUGAUUACACAGUACUUCAAUUCUCAAAAUAAAGAUGUAGUUUUUUAUGAGACAGCCACUAAAUUGCACAGAUUUCCACAUAUGGUAAUAAAUUGUGUACCUUUACCAAGAGAUGUAGGAGAUAUGGCUUCAAUUUAUUUUAAAAAGGCCCUCUUGGAAUGUGAGGCUGAAUGGUCAAUGAACAAGAAAGUUGUUGAUUUGAAGGGAAAAAAUAUUAGAAAAGGUAUACCAAAAGGGUUGCCAUAUUUUUGGAUUGAUUUUGGAAUGGAUCCAGGUUUUGCUCAUGUUAUUGAAGAUCAACAAUUGUUCCCAAUAAAUUUUGCAGAGGAAGUAAUUGGUGGUAUGUUGGACUUGGAUCAUAGUUUAUGGAAAAACCCUAAGAAGGAAUAUGGCGAUUUACAGAGAAAAAAAGUAUUGGAGUUCAUUAAGGACUGGAAGCCCUUUGAACAAUCUUCUAAAGAGAAAAAAUAAAAAUUCAUUUAUUCAGUGUAAAUAAGUAAAUUUUAAUUUAAGAC